AAAAGCUCUCAAACUCCGAACGCUGAAGAGCCAGGUGUACUUAUUAAAAACAUAACAAAAUUCACCUCGAUUCCCGAGAAACAAUAAUAAUAUCAAAUCAAAUUCCUCCAAUUCAUUUCCCAAAAUUAUUACAAAAGAACAAAAUUAAAAAACAAAAGAAAUGGAAUCCAGAAAGCUGUCAACUUUACUGUCUUCCUUAGUCUCCCAGCUCCUCCUCCUCCUCCUCAUCUUGUUUAGUCCGAAUCCCAUUUCCAUUCCCGAUGACAAUCCCGAUUCCGAUUCCGAUUCCACUCUCCUCGGAAACGCUUUCCCCCUCGUAAUCCACCAUUUUCUCUCCUCCCAAGAAAUCGCCGCCGCGAUUUCCCUCAUCUCCGUCUCCCGCAAGCGGAAGAAGAGGAAGCGUUUCUCCGACCAAGACGAGGACGAUGAAGAACACUUCAAUGGCGGUGGCAGAGGCGGAAUUCUCUUUCGUCUCGGUCCGUACAGAAGCCCUGACUCGUUCAAAAACUGGUUCAAGAUGACUUCAGCGACCUUCGAGUGGCUCGCCGGCUCGCUGGAGCCGCUGCUCGAUUGCCGCGACCCGGUCGGCUCUCCGCUAAACCUCUCUGCCGACAUCCGCCUCGCGAUCGGCCUUUUCCGAUUGGCCACCGGCUCCGAUUACCCCCAAAUUGCUGCGCACUUUGGGGUUUCCGAAUCGGCCGCGAGGUUCUGCUCCAAGCAAUUGUGUCGGGUCCUAUGUACGGACUUCCGGUUCUGGGUCAACCUCCUGAACCCCGGCGAGCUCCAUUCGGUGUCGGCGGGGUUCGAGGACCUGUUCGGGUUGCCGAAUUGUUGCGGAGUUAUUGGCUGCACGAGGUUCAGAAUCGCUAGGGAUUUCAUCGUCGGAGGAGCAGAAAGAGAGGACGGCAGCGUCGCGGCGCAAAUUCUGGUGGAUUCUUCGUCGAGGAUUCUGAGCAUUGUGGCGGGUUUUCGGGGCGAAAAGAGCGAUUCGAAGGUGCUAAAGCUAUCGACUUUGUUCAAAGACAUCGGAGAUAAAAGGUUGUUGAAUUCGCCUCCGGUUUUUGUCAAUGGUGUUGCUGUAGAACAGUACUUAAUUGGAAAUGGGAGUUACCCCUUGCUUCCAUGGCUAAUGGUUCCUUUUGCAGACGCCUUGCCGGGCUCGAGCGAAGACUGCUUCAACAGAGCGGUCAAUGGGAUGCGAAUUGCGGCCAUUAAGACCGUUGUUAGCUUGAAGAAUUGGGGUGUCUUGAGUAAACCGAUUGAAGAGGAGGUUAAGACCGGAGUUGCAUAUAUCGGUGCUUGUUCGAUUCUUCACAAUGCCUUGUUGAUGAGGGAGGACUAUUCGGCUUUGGCUGAUGAGUUGGGAAGUUAUUCUUCGUAUGAUCAAAGCUCUCAAUUUGAUAGGGACAGUAAAUUGGUGGACGAUUCCGUUGAGCGAAAAGCUUCGGUUAUACGAAGCGCAUUGGCUGCGAAGGCAAAAGAGUUUGAUAAUUCGAAAUUUCAGUCUGAUCCUAGUGGUUUGGUUAGAUUGCAAUCAACUUAGGACGUUGCUAAAGCUGCAAGGAGCUCCAAAUCAUUCCUUAGAUGGGUAAAUACAGAUUUUGAAUUUCUUGAUUGUUGUUAUCUGAGAAAUUGUUGUGGCAUUUUGCCUUAUUGUUUGUCUCCUAACUCCUUGUUUUGAAAGGUUAGCAAUUUGUUUUGUAGUUAUUGAUUCUUACACUGAUUUUUUUUUCC